CACUGCCUUUAUUUAUUUUUUUUACCACGUCCACCAGAAUCAUGGCAUGCAACUUUUAAUUUUGUACAUUUUUAAUCAUGAUUUAAAGCUGUAAAAAAUGGUUACAUAAACAACAUAGUUUUAUGGACCAAACUAUUUAUUGUAAUAUGAUGCCAUAUUUUGUUCGUUUCCCCACAGUCCAAUGACAAAAUUGGCCUAUUUAUCUCGAACUGCAGUCCUACUUGCUGAUAGGUCUGCAUUAGGACUGUACCUCUUAAAUUAAUGAAGUCAAACACUUAUAUAGCCAUUGAAGGGAAAAAAAACGCAUUAAGAUGUCUGUGGCCCCAAUUGAAGUGGAUGUUUUCCUGAGACAGAACGCUGUAGCUUACUGCCGGGCACGCAGGUCGUGUGGUAACGGUAAGCCGAUUACUGGAACUGUCAAAGUAGCCUGCUCUGACUGAUGUCCUGUCCAUUUCACCAAGCCGUUAACCUCCGAGGAUUUUUGUAUUCUUUUUUAUAUUAACUUGAGCAUAAUGCCACUUUUUAUUAACCGGGACCAGAUAUUUGCGCACCAAGUGCACCUGUUGGAACAUAAACUCAGGAGUAAAGAGGAGCGUAUUUUGGAGCUGGAGACGGAGAAUGCCCUUCUUCACCUCCGGCUGGCCGAGUGUCUGGGCCGCCUGCGCCGGGACCAGGAGGGCCAGCAGGAGGCGCAGCGGCAGUGCCAACUCCGCAGGAGCUCCCAGAAGAGUGCUCACCUCUCCCUGGGCAAACUCCUGGCCGAAGUGCAGGUGCUGAAGAGGGACCUGCGGGAGGUGUUUGCCGUGUACCUGAGCUUCGCCCGCGAGCUGGAGACUCAGAGCAAGGAGCUCCUGGAGCGGACGGCCGUCCUCAGCUCCACCGUCCAGAGCCAACAUGGCGACCACGCCGAGAGGCUGCAGGCGCAGGUGGGUGCUCUGGAGCGCUCUCUUGAGGAGGAGAAGGAGCGGUGCAGGACGGAGCGCCAGCGCAGGAGGCUGCUGCACAACGCUCUGGUGGAGCUGCGGGGGAAUAUCCGAGUUCACUGUCGAGUCCGACCCAUCAUGCCUUUGGACCGCGGCCUUGAAGCCACGGCAGUCACAGGGUCAGCCCUUGAGGAAGUGGUCCAGGCGGUGAAUGACGACACUGUCCUCGUUAACUGUGCUAAACCAGGAAGCCAAAUCCCCAACAAGGUGUUUGAGUUUGAAAGGGUGCAUGGGCCUGGCGACUCCCAGGAGGCCGUCUUUGAGGAAGUGAGACCGCUGCUCACCUCACUGCUGGAUGGGUACAAUGUGUGCAUCAUGGCGUAUGGCCAAACAGGAAGUGGGAAGACGCACACUAUGAUUGGCUCUCACCAUGACAACCCCGCCAGUUCUGCAGUCGGAGACCAAGAAGGAAUCAUCCCCAAUGCUGCCUCUGAGCUCUUUAGACUGAUCUCGGAGCGUCCAGUGGGCAGUCACACUGUGGAGGUGUCGGUGGUGGAGGUCUACAACAACGAGGUCCUGGACCUGCUGGCCAAAGAUGAGGAUGGUGUCGCCACCGGCGCGGUCAAGCGCGACGUCAUCACCACGGCGACUGGUACCAGUGAGGUGCCCUGCCUCGCCCAUGAGUGAGUGACAAGCUGCUGCCAGCUACCUCCAAAGACGGCUCAUUAUUAUAGUAAUAGAGCUCAGAGCCCCACGCUGGUGCACAGAGAUUCGUCUCGCUCACAUCUCAUCGUCACACUCACCGUCACGUCUCGCAGUGCCAACGCCUUCGCUAUGGCGCGGCGUCUGCAGAGCAGUCGUCAGGAGUCCCCCCGCGCCCCCCAGCGAGACUUCUGGAGCCCCCGCUGCACCCGCCGCGCUAACUCUAACGGCCCCCGCGGCCGCAACGCCCACAGCAGCACAGAGGACCACCCAGCCAGCCCCUCCUCCUCCUCCCUUCCCUCCUCCCCCUUCUCCUCCCCCUGCACCUCCCCCUGCGCCUCCCCCAGGCCCAGCAUCUCCCAGGAGCCCCUCCGCACGCGGCUGCAGCUGGUGGACCUGGCCGGCAGCGAGUGUGUGGGCCAGUCUGGAGUGAGUGGCGCCACCCUGUGGGAGAGUUCCUGUAUUAACCGCAGCCUCUCGGCGCUUUCCGACGUCCUGGGAGCCCUUGCAGAACAGAGGCCACACGUGCCCUACCGCAACAGCAAGCUCACACACCUGCUACAGGACUAUAUAGGUGGCGAUGCCAAGCUGCUGGUCAUGUUGUGUGUGUCCCCGACUCAGCGCUUCCUGGCCGAGUCCCUGCAGUCGCUCGGCUUCGGCUCCCGCGCACGUCAGGUCCAGAGAGCAGCGCCCCGCCGCAAGGCCACUGGCCUCAAGGUUAAAUAGAGGUGGAGGGAGACAGAUAUAUACACAUGUACACUGUGUAUAUAUAUAUACAGUGUGUGAGAGAGAGAGAGGAGACAGAGACAGACAGCCUUUAUGACCAUCAGCACAAAAGCCAUUGAGUUCUAUUCUGUUCUGUUCUAUUCUGUUCUGUUUGGCCUUAAGGUUCUAGAACCCCUAGAACCAGGUGCUGAAGAUUGGAAUGCAGGGUUCUAUUGCAAGAGUCUGGAACAUGCAGCACAGUUACAGCACCUUAGAGCACAGCACAGGUCCACACCAGCCCAGUGUCCUCACUGAGUACACAGUACUGCCCAGCACACUGGACAGCAGCGUCACUGAGUACACACAGCACUGCCGAGCACUGGGAAUAUUUGGGAAUAUUUUAUGGGAAUUCUUAGGAAUAUUAUAUGGGAAUUCUUGGGAAUACUUGGGAAUAUUUUAUGGGAAUACUUGGGAAUAUUUUAUGAGAAUUCUUGGGAAUACCUAAUGGGAAGGUUUGUAAGCAGAUCUGUGAGCACAUUUUGCAUGAAGUAGAAGAACGGAGCUCAUUUCCUGUUGUGUGUGUCAUUUCACUUGGUGCUGCUGCAUAGUAUGCAUACUGCAUACUGCGCACUGCGUACUCACAUGAACGGUCUACGGUUGGCAGCGAUGUCUUCUGCCCUUGCAUGGUGUCCAGUGAGCUCAUCACAGCAUGCAGGCCUGCUUAAAGUCCUGCAUAUGCAUACUGUCUCAUAUUAACAAACUCAGGUGUCAUGUUUAUCCGGAGUCUCUGUUUUCUUCUCAAAUGGUGUAGUGGAUGUUUGUUGUCUCGGCCUUGUGCAUUUAUAAACUGUAACAAUAGAUCUGUUAGUUAGGAAAGUGCAUUGUUUAAACAAUAGAUUACAUUGUCCUUUUGUUUUCUUUUGUAAUUGUGAAAUAUGUAUUUUGCAGUCCAACGUAUGUUUGCCCUAGUUUGGUUGAUGUUAAUGGUUUACAUAAUAUGUAUUUGAGAUGUUUUAUAAGGGCAAGAUCACAUGCUAGAAUUGGCUGGUAGUUUAGAGAAAACAGUCAAGUGUAGAUAAGUGUAGGUAAAGAGAAGAUGUUCUGGGUUAUUUCCAUAUAGAAUGGAAUACACUUGUUUGUAUUUUUAAUAUCUAAAUAAAAACUUCAGAUCACUUG